GCAGGAGCUGGAUGACCGAGUCUACGAUGCCAAGUGGACUCUUGGAUAGCUUGAUACGCAACGGUUGGGAGUUUGGAAGGAAGUGUGUAUAACCCAUGCUCACAGAGGCCCUUGUACCGCACCUGGUUGGUAGGAUUGUCCACUAUCUGGAAAUCGUUGGCAUUGAAAACAAGAGUGCAGUUGUUAUCUUUGGUAAAUCGAUGGACAGACAAUAGAUUGGAGGUAAGGGAAGGGACAUAAUGAAGAGUAGAAAGGUGGUAUUUACCAUUAGGAGUUUAUUUCUUCGGAGAUCAGCCAUCCAGAAAGCUGAUUUAAUGAAAUAUUGGUAUUGUUCAUGCGAAUGUUUUGCUUAAAGGAUGAGUAUUCGGUGGGAAGACCACGAAUAACAGCAUUCACCACAUCACGUUCAGGGAUCUCUUCUUUCAAGGCAUCGAGAUCCGAGAGAAUAGUUGCCACAUCAUCCAGAAAUAUUUGUAUCUAAUUUAAACCAUAAAUUAAUGUAUAACGGCCGAGUAAUUACAAACGUCACUACAAUACAUCAUGAAUUCCACAAAACAACCAAAAUGGUGUCUAUAAAUUAAAACUCAAAACCCCAAAACAAAGAAAAUUAAAUCAUAAACAGCCUCGAAAAUCCUAUUGUAAUCCCGAGAGGAGAAGAAGAAAAAAAUUCAGAUAAGAAAAAAAAGAGUAAAAAUGGCAGUGAUCUCAUCAUCAGUAUCACUGUUAGUGUUGUCCCUGAUGCUCUUCUGCUCCAUGGCGGCGGAAUUGGGCACGCCGGCGGGCGGGUGGGAACCGGUGGACCCGAAGAGCCCGGAGGUGGUGGCGGCCGGAAGUUUCGCGGUGGAAGCGCACAACGAAGCAGAAAAUGACAAUUUGGUGUUCGAAGACGUGGCGAGCGGAGAGAAGCAAAUGGCGGCGCGCUUCCAAUACAAACUCGUCAUUGACGCAAGGAGCGGACAUGGGGUUUAUCAGUACGAGGCUGUCGUCUGGGUUAAGCGCUCGAGGCUCAAUUCCUAUUCACUUAUUUCUUUCAAGCAAUUAUAAUUUACGGAGUAUAAUUAUACGUUAUUGUAUAAUACCCAAUGCAUUUCAAAUAAAAUUCUUUCAUUUGGAUUUUUUUAAUUACAACAAAAGCUUUUACGGUUU